AAUUUACAGAUAUUCAAGUGCAGGUUCUGUGGAACUAAGUACUGUGAAGCAUGCGGCAGAGGAGAUUUUCAUGGUGUAAUGACGGAUAAAACAGUUUGUCAAGUUUGUUUUCAGGUAUUAUGGAAUUGAACUGGCCUUUUUAGCGUCAAGGAGAUCACGUUUAUGGAUGCAGUACUGAGUAUAUUUCAAUGGGGCUCACUAAACAAAAACACAAAGGACAAAUUCUCCUUUCUACCAUGGCAAAACUUUAACCCUUUAAGCCCUAAGAGUGAUCAGCAUCAAAUUUCUCCUUGCAAUAUCACUACUUUGUAAAACAGAGUGUUCAUAAAAACUUACGGAAAUGAUCACACGAGAUGAAUCAGUGGCUUUAUAUUUUAUCAACUUCUCCCCCUACUUCUGUAGGAAAUCAACAGGGGCAACCAAUGAGAAUUCAAAUUUUGAUCCUAAGGUUUAAGGGGUUAAAAAAUUGGUUUGGUCAAGAGAGGAUAAGGACACCCAAAUUUCUGAAAGCUGCGCCCUUUGUGAAACUUGAAAGGUAUUACACCCGGACAGUUUGCGGAAGAGAACAAAGAAAAGUGUUUGCUUAAUUCACUAAAUGACAGGCUCGUUUCAAUUCAUUAGGGACGGACCAUUAGAAAAGUUAUGGGGGGGGGAGGGGAAUUUUCGAGCUGCAGGAAUUUUUUUUCGUUAUCAAAUUCCUUGUAUGAAUUUUUUUCAGGCCCUUGCAUGAAUAUUUCUUUGGGUUUAUUGGCGUGCAAGAAUUUUUUUUCAUUUAAUUUUCCCUUGCGUGAAUUUUUUUUUUUUUGUAUUUCGCCCGCCCCCCAUAAGUUUUCUAAUGGUCCGUCCCUUAGAAGAGAAAUGUCGCAAUCCCUUUAUCACCUUGUGUAACUAGUCUCCAAAUAGAUCUUUUGAGUAGAAUUACUUCUUAUUGUUUUUGUUUAAUCCUUUAAUUAGCCCAAGAUCAUAGUUCGAAAGCUUUUAUGUAAAUUGGUUUGUUUCGAAGGAAACUGCUGUGCUCCAUCAAGAAGAUGAACCAGGGGACCUCCCUAUAAAAUUGACCGGUUUAGGGGUAACAGUCGCCUAUUUUGGUCUCUCUUGUGCAUGGCUUUCAAGGGGGGAAGCCAAGAUUUUUUCCAAUGAAAGUCUCAUUAAUAGUAGUGUCCCACGCAGACCUCCUCGAGGGUUCGUCACAAGUUACUACCCACGUUGGGGAGGACUGCGUGACAAGCCAAAAGAACCACUGAAAGCUAAGGAGGCAGUUAACAAGGGUGUCGAGUAAAGGUGUGCCUUAUUACUGACUUUAUAUUGUGUGUUACUUAAUGUCAUCAUUACGAAUUUCAGCCUAAAUGUCAAGGAGAAAGAAUUGGGCAAGACCCAGGAAAAUCAGCCCAGAACAAAAGAACAGUCAACAAGAAAACAGUCAAAGCUGAAACUUCACAAAAGCAAUCACAAGACACGAGAAAAAGAUAA